AUGCGGAACAAAAUUGCCGUGCCAGCGGAGUCAUUCCCUUCUAGUUCUUCGCUGUACCACCUCAUUUUCCUGGCCAGAAAGCUCCUGGCGCGGCGCGCCCUUGGCGCCGAACCGCCAAAGUCACAGGAAGCGACGCGUUUGGAUGGUCUUCUCAAAAGCCAGGCGUACCAGAAAAUUCUGCGGUAUCCUGGAGACCUUUGGCCACAGGAGCGCGAGCAAAAAUGCUUCCCUUCCUCAGCAGAGUUUGACUGGGGAUCUCUGUCUCAACAGCCCGUGCCUGGAUUCGAUGUUCAGCCGCUUCCUCCGUGGAUGCACUCCGCAAAUGUUGAAGAGGUAGAACUUGCGCCGUCUUACGUGAACGUCCGACACAAGUCUGCGCUGCUCAAGGCAGCGUGGUUCUCGUGUCCUCGUGCGUUCCGUGCGCGGCUGGAACUUAGCGAAUCCGAUGCCGGUAGCUCUGGAGUGGACGACGCACUGUCUACCACCUCACACGAUGUGGAGGAACAGAAGGAGAUUGGACAAGUACCGCGACUCCCAGUAUUGCUGUAUACGCCGGCGUUGGACACGCGAACUAGGCGGCCACUCAAUCCGAUUCUUUUUGCUAGUCGCCGUCUGGUCAGUCCAAAGGGCGCUGAAUCCGGUGACCGCUGCUCAAGUUCGUCCGAUUUCCCGCGUCACCACCUGACAGGCAGGGGCGUGCUCGGCAAGUGGGGAGCCAAUCACGCAGCUGACGCUCUGCUGACAGCCCGGAACCCGGUUAACGGGAAACUUCAGGUGGCUCUCAUCCGGCGAACCGACGGCAGUGGGAAGUUCGCGGUUCCUGGUGGAUUUGUAGAUCCUACAGAUGGCCCACUCGUAGUCACGCCAAUCGUCCGUGAAUUUCUCGAGGAAGCGGUUUCAUAUGAAGAUGGUGACCACACGGAUGACGGCCAUCGGCGUUAUCAAGAGACACUUGGAGCUCUCCGGAAUGUGUUUGGCCCUUUUUCCAGAGACAGCAAGACAGGCGGCAUCUUGUGGCAGAGUGACGAUAAAAUCAAAUGGGGCCACCUUAUCUACGCAGGUUAUGUAGAUGACGAGAGAAACACAAAUAAUGCAUGGAUGGAGACCAUUGUUCUGCAUUGGCACGUCAGCGGUGAAGAUUACAAGCAUCUCCAUCUCCAGGCGGGGGAUGAUGCCUCGCUCGGUUCCGCGGCGUUCUAUGACAUUGACGAAGAUCCUCGGCUUGUUGUCAUGGGUGUUGACCCAUUGAAGGAUCUUUACGCCUCUCAUUCUGCAUUUCUGGUCAAAACUAUCGAAACUUACUUUCCGGACGAGACGGUUUUGCUCACAAAGAUAGGAGCCUUUCGCCGGUAG